AAGCAUUCUGGGCAUAUGGCAGGGAAGAGCACAAUCUCAUACCAAAGGCCAAGUGAGGCAGUAUGUAUUGCCAUUUAUACGGCUGUAAGCCCGCCUUGCGCAGUACCACUGCCUCAGCAAUGUGGAUUUGGGCAGCAUUGCUCGGACAUUUGUGCUGCCUAGCUCCAUGGGCAUUUGUUAUGAGGCAGGUCGAGCCCUACAUGGAUGAGAUCUUCCAUAUUCCACAGGCACAGAAGUACUGCCAAGGCCAAUUUGCAGAGUGGGACCCAAAGAUCACAACUUUUCCCGGACUUUAUCUUUCAAGCACCUUCAUAAGAGGCUUUACCGGGAUCUUCUGCGGCAAAGACUUCCUGCGACUGGAAAAUGUGGUCUAUGCUUUGGGUGCCCAUGUGGUCAUGUAUCGAUUGUUACGGCGCAGUCUGGAGCCACAGAGGGCAGCUGCUCAAUCCUUGUUGCUCUCCUUGUAUCCAAUCCAUUUCUUUUUUCAGGCUCUUUACUACACUGAUGUCGGCUCACUGUUUUGGACGCUGCUCACGCAUGAUCUAGCCACCCCUGUGCCAAAGAAGGUGUUGCCAGGAAGGUUGCAUAUGUGCCUGGCCGCGGCGAGCGGGUGUGCUGCCGUACUCUUUCGACAAACUAAUGCCGUUUGGGUGAUGUUCACAUUUGGAAUUGCAGCCCUCCAGGAUUUGCAAAGUUCAAAGUGGGGCGAUGAGCUUCUUCGUGCAGAUAUAUCACCAAGUGUGCUGCUGACCUUUUGCAAAGCUUUGAUUUUGGAAUCUCCAAGGCUUUUGGCCCGCCUAGGCCCGCUCCUCGUCUCAGUUCUGCUAUUUGUGGGUUUUGUGGUUCAGAAUGGCUCCAUCGUGGUUGGUGACCACUCGAAUCACCAGGUAGCAGUACAUUGGGCACAGCUUUGUUACCUCGUGGCGGUUACUGCAGGUACUUCGGGUUUUGGCUCAACCUCGGCCCUUUCACCGAGCUGCUUCAAGAUCUUUGGAUCUGACGUUUCCAAGCGCCCACGAGCAUUCAUUCUAGCCCUCGCCUUGGUGACUGCACUUCUGCACAGAUACAGCUUGGCUCAUCCCUUUCUUUUGGCGGACAAUCGUCACUACACCUUUUACAUUUGGAAUCGUUUCCUGAGACGACCGUGGUUCAAAGAACUUCUGGCACCCGGCUAUGUUUAUGCUGGAUGGUAUUGCUGGCGCAGGCAAAGCUUGGCUCAGUCAGGGCUUUGGGUCCUGAUUUGGUCUGUUGCAGCUGUUUUGACGCUGGUCCCGGCCCCUUUGCUGGAGCCACGCUAUUGGACCACACCCGUCCUGAUGGCUCAUUUGUACGCGCAUGAAGUGCCAGAUCGGAAUGAUCGGAGGAUGAUGAGUCUCUCUAGUACUUUCAUUGCAGGCGUUGCUUUCAUGCUUGUGAAUAUAAUGACGCUGGGCAUCUUUGUGUAUCGGCCCUUUGCGUGGCCGUCUGGAGAAGUGGCCCGCUUCAUGUGGUGAAGUGGCAGACGGUCAAGAUGCAAUCAAAUUGCAUGCUUUUUUGUAUGAGCACGUUGCCACACGGAUAAAGAGGCUGGCAUGCGGCAGAGGGCAGCCCCGUGAUCCCAACACUACCGACUUUGGGGCAAAAGCGGCAAUU